AUGGAUAGUAAUGACGAUAAUAUUAGUAAUCAUUAUAAUAUUGAUGAUACAGUGGAAAAUUCAUCAAACUCCUUGCAAUUUCAAGAGAAAGAGCGGGAAGAAGAGUCCGUAUCUGUAGAUGAUGACCAGAGAGUCUAUUUAGUUCCAUUCAGAUGGUGGAAGGAGGCGCAAGACUCUUCCUCAUCGGAGUUGAAGAGAGGAGUUUUUUAUGCUGUGUCAUCUACAACACCUUAUGGGGGAGCAAUGAAGAUAUUAAACAGUAUAUUCAACUCAGACAUUGCAUUUAACUUGAGGAAAGAGGAUGAUUCAUCCUUGAACAGUGGGGGAAAUGGUGAAGUCGGAAUAACUGGUCGGGAUUAUGCUUUGGUCCCCAGUGAAAUGUGGCUGUCCGCACUCAAGUGGCAUAGUGAUUCCAAGAAUGCUACAAAGGAUAGCAAAGGUUUUUCAGCCGCAGAAGAAGAUAUGUCAGAUGUUUAUCCUCUGCAACUCAGGCUUUCUGUUUUGAGGGAAACCAACUCAUUGGCAGUGAAGAUAAGCAAAAAGGACAAUUCAGUUGAGUGUUUUAGAAGAGCCUGCAAGAUUUUUAAUGUAGACUCUGACUCGUUAAGGCUUUGGGAUUUUUCUGGGCAGACAACACUCUUUCUCUUAAAUGACAAAAAUAAGUUCCCUAAAGAGUACCAGAAACAACCAGAGCAGGAUCUACUCCUCGAGUUGCAAGUCUAUGGUUUGUCUGAUUAUGCUAGAAAUAGAGUAAAAAGAGAUGCGAUGGCACAACAUGCUAAUGGUACUUCACAUCUGAUGAAUGCUAUCGCCAUCAACGGUAGCUCUAGUCUUGUCCGCAGCAAUUCGGCAGCCUUAAGUUCAUCUGAAGCUGGUACCUUGGGACUGACUGGAUUACAAAACCUGGGAAAUACUUGUUUCAUGAACAGUGCUCUUCAGUGUCUAGUACACACACCGAAGGAACACCUGAUGAAAGAACCUCUAAACAAGAGAGAAAUAAACCUAGAUAACCCAUUGGGCAUGAAUGGUGAGAUUGCUUCUGCUUUUGGAGACUUGUUAAAGAAAUUAUGGGCUCCUGGAGCAACUCCAGUAGCACCAAGAACAUUCAAAUUGAAGCUUGCUCAUUUUGCUCCUCAAUUCAGUGGUUUUAAUCAGCAUGAUUCUCAAGAGCUCUUAGCAUUUUUGUUGGAUGGACUCCAUGAAGAUUUGAAUCGUGUGAGGUGCAAACCAUAUGUUGAAGCUAAGCCUUCAGAUGGUCGACCAGAUGAAGAAGUAGCUGAAGAAUAUUGGAGGAAUCAUCUUGCUCGUAACAAUUCAAUUAUUGUUGAUGUGUGCCAAGGUCAAUAUAGAUCCACAUUAGUAUGCCCCCACUGUAGAAAUGUGUCUGUUACUUUUGAUCCCUUCAUGUAUCUAUCAUUACCUCUGCCAUCAACAUCAACACGGACCAUGACUCUGACAUUGGUGAAAGCCGAUGGCAGCAUUCAGCCAUCCCCAUUUACUGUUUAUGUACCCAAAAAUGGAAAGCUUCAAGAUCUGCUUCAGGCUUUGAGCAAAGCAUGCACACUGGGGGUUGAUGAAACACUUUUGCUGGCUGAGAUAUACAACAGUCGCAUUAUACGUUUUCUCGAGGAACCGACUGAUUCAUUAUCUUUGAUUAGAGAUAAUGAUCAACUGUUUGCGUAUAGGUUGCCGAAGCAUAUUGAGGAAGCUCCUCUGGUUGUGUUUAUGCACCAGCAGAUGGAAGAGCAAUAUACGUACAGGAAACUGAUACCAAUUUGGAGGGCAUUCGGAAUUCCCCUUGUAGCACGUAAAAACAUUGUUAAUGGAUCUGAUAUCCGUGAAACGUAUUUGAAAUUACUAGCUCCAUUCUUAGUAUGCAAUGAAGAUACAACUGAAAAUCGUUGUAGCGCAGAGAAUACUUCAACUGAUUCUACUGAAAAUCGUGAUAGCGCAGAGUAUACUGCAACUGAUUCUACUGAAACUUGUGAUAGCCCAGAGAACGCUGUAACAGAAGUGAUGAUGGAAAUGAAGAACUCCACUAGUCCUAGUGGGUCCCCUGAGAAGGUUGAGGCAGAAGAGCUUUAUGCGCAGUCUGAUACUGAAUUACAGUUUUAUUUGACGGAUGAAAAAGGAAUAGUCAGGGACUCUAAGAUUGCAAUGGAUGAGCCUGUGAAGUCCACACCCAUGCCAGACCGAUUGAAUGUGCUAGUAUGUUGGUCAAGUAAAAUGGUUCAGCAGUACGAUGUACAGCCUCUUAGCGUUUUUCCGGAAGUUUUCAAAUCUGGCGUCUUCACAAAAGGACCACAAGACUCUGUAUCUCUGUAUAAAUGCCUUGAAGCAUUCCUGAAGGAGGAGCCUCUAGGACCAGAAGAUAUGUGGUACUGUCCUGUUUGUAAAAAGCAUUGCCAAGCCAGUAAAAAAUUAGAUCUUUGGAGACUGCCGAAAAUUUUAGUGAUUCAUUUGAAAAGAUUCUCAUAUAACCGAUUUCUUAAGAACAAAUUGGAGGCAUUUGUCGACUUCCCCAUUCAUGACCUUGAUAUGUCUACUUAUAUUGCCCGGGAGGAUGGACAAUCUUCAGAUCGUUAUUUGCUUUAUGCAAUUAGUAAUCAUUAUGGAAGUAUGGGAGGUGGUCACUACACUGCAUUCGUUCACCAUGGUGGCAAUCAGUGGUAUGACUUUGACGACAGCCAUGUGUCUCCCAUCAGUGAGGACAAGAUCAAAACUUCGGCUGCCUAUGUUUUAUUUUACAGGAGAUUCGAAGAUAUCUAA